AUGUUGCUGUUGUUGUCAACUGCGGCGUGUGCCUGAAUCCAGUAUAUAUAGGAUUGCAGGGGCAGAUAAGGAAGGCGUCAUACAUGGGUUGAGCAACGCGCACAUUGACAAGAGCUGAUAAUGGCAGGCCUGUGCUCAGGGGAACUUUUCCCCACGAAAGCCAGUUUUCUCGUGUUUGUAUCGUACAUGGGACUAUUUAUCAAUCAGGGUAUUCUGGUGACAGCUAGCAGGAAAGCAGGGCAGAAGACGUACAAUUACAAUACUGUGACUGUGGUGCUCCUGACAGAGUGCGUCAAGCUGGUGGCUGCUGUUAUCUUCUUUCUACGCGAGAAGAGCCUGAAGGAACUAUUCCAUGACAUAGUAACUCACAAGAAAGUUUUGGCAUACUACUUUAUCCCAGCCUCACUGUACUGCCUUUACAACAACCUACAAUUUGUCAACUUGGCAGCCUAUGACCCGACAACUUAUUACCUACUGCUUCAAUUUAGGGUUGUCGUGACUGGAAUUCUAUUUCAGAUAUUAUUCCGCAAACAGUUGAGCCGCAUCCAGUGGUUGUCCCUGGUCCUGUUGACUGUAGGUUGUAUCAUCAAGGAGACCCAUCACAGCUCCGGCCAUGAGAGCAACACAGAGAGGUCUUGGUGGUCGUACGUCGAUCCUCAUCUUGCCCUCAUCAUGGUGCAGGUCUUCAGUUCUUGUGGUGCCGGCGUCUACAAUGAGUUCCUGCUCAAAGUCACCGGCUUUGAGGUGCACAUCAUGGUGCAGAAUGUCUUCAUGUAUAUCAACUCGAUCGUGUGUAACCUGGUUGCCUUGGCGAUCCGCGGUCAGCUUACAGAUGCGUUUACCUCGGCAGAGUUCUCUGUCAUUGUACAGCCCAUUGUUCUUGGUAUCAUGGUGAACAACGCCGCCAUCGGAAUUGUCACCAGCCUCUUUCUUCGCUCACUUAAUUCUAUUUUGAAAACUUUCGCCAGUGCCUUAGAGCUUUUGUUUACAGCUGUUCUGUGUUGGAUCAUUUUUGGUAUCCAGGUGGAUAUUUUCACAAUAGUGUCUAUUUUUAUUGUUAGUGCUGCUACUUUUCUUUACGCCCAGCAUCCCGUGGUGAAUCAGCCAAAAGGAAUCCUACCUCUGACAACUGAGUCUGCUGAAAAUCAACAUCAUCAAAAGAAUGGUCACUCUUAGUAGUCGUCUUGUGAGGUUUGUACAGUAGAGUGGUGAAUGAUGUAGUCUGUCUGAGGUUUGUAUAGUAGAGUGGUGACUGAUGUAGUCAGUGUGAGGUUUGUACAGUAGA